GGCUAAGUUAUUUACUUGCCCUUCUUAUUUCAGGUCGUACCGGGGGAGCCUAUGGCGAUGUAUCAUGCGAUGGAUAUCACAAAUAUAAGGAAGAUAUCAAACUGAUGGCAGCCAUGGGCCUUGAUGCCUUCAGGUUCUCUAUAUCAUGGUCGAGGCUUAUUCCCGAUGGAAGAGGACCUGUGAACACAAAGGGAUUAGAAUACUACAAUAACUUUAUAAACGAACUGAUUAGAAAUGGAAUCCAACCACAUGUUACAUUAGUUCAUUUCGAUCUGCCACAAGUACUUCAUGAUGAAUAUGGAGGAUGGCUCAGUCGAAAUGUUGUGAAGGACUUUGUGGAGUUCGCAGACGUAUGCUUCAGAGAAUUUGGAGAUAGAGUUUCUUACUGGACAACCUUUAAUGAAAUCAACGUACAUGUUUUAGGAGGCUAUGACCAAGGCAUCAAUCCCCCAGGGCGUUGUUCAAUGCGAUCUAUCUGUCCGAGCGGUGACUCUGCAAGAGAACCAUACGUUGCGCUUCAUAAUAUGCUGCUGUCACAUUCAGCUGUUGCAAAACUGUACAAGGAAAAGUACAAGGCCACUCAAAAUGGUACGUUGGGGAUUAACAUCUACGGCAUGGCGAUUGAACCUUACACGAACUCAACAGAAGAUGUGAUAGCAGCUCAAAGAACUCUCACUUUUAUUAUUGGCUGGGUACUGAAUCCUGUGUUCUAUGGAGACUAUCCUGAUGCAAUGAAGGAAAGUGCCAAAACCAGAAUGCCAAACUUUACCAAAUAUGAGUCGGAACAAAUAAAGGGGUCCUGUGACUUUAUAGGGGUGAACUACUACUUCGCGAUAGCGACCAAGAAAAGUAGCAGUACAAACAUGGACAUAGAGGACUUUUUUACUGAUAUAGGAGUAGAUUUCAUAGUAAGCUGGGGUGGUGUUGCAGCAGAGCAGUAUCCUGUGAAUCCCGAGGGUCUUAAGACAAUACUGGAGUAUCUAAAACAAGCUUAUGGGAAUCCUCCUAUCUAUAUCCAAGAGAAUGGUCAGAAGAUGCGGCGCAAUACAACACUAUAUGACACACCAAGGGUGGAAUAUCUACAGGCUCACAUAGGGAGUGUACUUGCUGAAAUAAGGAACGGAUCAAACAUAAUGGGCUACUUUGAAUGGACACUCUUAGACUGCCUGGAGCUUAUGGAUGGGUUUCAGUCAUCAUUUGGCCUUUACUAUGUAGAUUUAGAUGACAACGAGUUAACAAGAUAUCAAAAGCUUUCUGCCCAUUGGUACUCCAAUUUCUUAAGGGGGAAUAGCAUCAAGCCAAAUGCAAUUAGUGAACUCAGGAAGAACGGUUAUGCCUCUUUGAGAUCAAUACUCUCCCAAUAAUAUAUUCACUAAACUUUUGUGCCUAGAGAAUGUAUUUAUCAUUGUAGUGUCUCUUGGGUGACUUGGCAGCUUAUGCAUCCUGUAAUAAUUUGUAUUUUAGAAAGAUUAAAUAUCACUGUGAAAUCUAAUAUGCAUAUAGAAGGUAUAUAACACAUACUAAACACAUUCUGUUGAUAUCAAAAGAAUCAAUGCAUGCAACUAAGUAAUUCAACAAGUUCAAUUACUCCAACAUCAGUAAAAUAAAGAGCUAAGCUGAA